GAAGGAGCUAAGAGAUGUGGCCUAAGGGGCAGAGCGCUAAAAUUCAUCAAAGACUUUCUGGCCAAUAGGAGGUUUAAGGUGAAAAUCGGGAACACAAUGGGCCCGGAGACACUCAACAACAGAGGCGUACCACAGGGGGCAGUGAUAUCGCCCACAUUAUUUAACAUGGUAAUGGCAGAUUUACCAACGAGACUGCGACGCAUUGAAAACAUCGGGUUCACAAUAUACGCGGAUGAUGUCACAUUGUGGACGAAAGGAGGCUCGCUGGGAGACCAGGAGUUCACCAUGCAACGGGGCAUCGACGAAGUUGCAAAGUACUUGGAGGAAGUCGGGAUGGAGCCGUCCCCUGAAAAAACCCAAUACAUGGUCGUUGCGAGACCAAAGGACCACAGAAAAGGGAUUGCACAGCAAGUGCAACUUCAACUCAUGGGAAAAGAACUAGAACGGCGUCCGAGCAUAAAAAUCCUCGGAGUUAUAUUUGAAGAAACAGCUGGGAGUACCGAAUGGCUACCCGAACUGAGGAAGGUAUGGGACCAGGCUCUGAAAUUGAUUCGUAGGACAACGAGUAAAUCGUGGGGGGCGGACGAAAAAACAAUCCGGACCAUGGCAGAAGCCCUCCUCACAUCCAGAGCUUUCUACUGCUGCAACUGGAUGAAUCUCACCAAGGCUCAGUGGAAGCAAAUUGAAAGACUGAACAAUCAAACCAUGAGAGUGGUAACUGGACUACCGAGAUACACACCCCUCGACGAACUAAGGAAAUAUGCAGGAAUGAACAAGAUAGAGGAGAAAGCAGAGUCACAACAAAUCGCACACUUUCAACGCCUCGAAAGGACUAAACAUGGGCGAAGACUAUUGGAAAUCCUAGGAUACUCCACGGAAGGUAGGCCCCCGAUCGAGGAGGCUUCCCCACCAUGGCAAGACAUAGGCGUAACUGAUCACAAGCCAACAUUCAAGGGACAAGGAACUAAACAGAGAAAAUUCGCAGCCAAGAAACACGUCCAGUGGCUCGCGGAGAACACUGAAUGUAAGGAAAUAAGGUACACGGAUGCCGCGAAGGACGACGGGGCUGCCGCAGCAGCCUUUGUCGACAUUGCGAGGGACAGGACCUGGUCAGAGAAGCUCCCAACGCAGACCUCGGUUAAAGAGGCUGAACUGCGUGCAAGUUUAGCCGCAGCCAAAGAUAUCCGUGAAAGAAUCGACCCAGGUAACAGGGCCUGGAUCUUCACCGACUCUCAGACGGCACUGAAAGCUUGCCGCAGCUGCAGAACGAGAAGCAGAACGGUCAAGAAGAUCAAGAAUAUUGCGGAGGAGCUCAGGAAGCUGGAUUCCAACUUAACGAUCGAGUGGCUACCCGGACACAACGAUAUCCCGGGGAACGAGAGGGCUCACCAGGCCGCAGCGGAGGCAGCUAGCAGCACCAGCUCCGCGCCAGGCCUUACCUCUCGAGUCGAAACGACGAAUGAAAUGUCAAUAGACCCAGAUGAAAUGGCCGAGCAAGCCAAAGAAGGGAGGAAACUGUACCUGAAGGGUCUUCUGCUAACAGAGGAAGACCCGAUACCACCAGGGUACACGAGAUGGGAGACGGUUCGGCUACGGCGAAUCAGGACAGGGACGGCACUAACUCCAGCGAAAAAAGCAUCCUUCGGACUGAAGGACCACGAGGACCCAACGUGCAAGACAUGCACAGAGGGAUCCAUGGCAACGACGAAACACGUGCUCUGGGAAUGCAAAGGCCUGGAAGACUUUAGAGUAGAGUCAUGGGACUCGCUACCCAGCGAGAAAAGGCCCACGAACCUUGAAGACUGGACCCACCCCAAGGGACAGCCGCAGCACAGAAAAGAAAUCCUGGACUCUCUGAUCAGCUACAUCAGGGACUCUGGGGUCCAUCACUUCAUCUAGAUUUAUUCAUUGUCACUUACCCUUUCCUAUAAAUCCCUACAUUCCUUUUCCCUCU